AUGACUACUCCCAUUCCACAACCUCUAUCCUUGCCUUUCGUUGGCAAUUUGACGUCGCUCGACAAGGAACUACCCGUUCGUGGUUUCCUACUCCUCGCUCAACAGUAUGGAGAGAUCUACAAACUCGACAUCCUUGGCGCUACUUCUGUGCAUGCCAAUACCUAUGCCCUACUUAACGAGCUCUCGGACGAUAAGAGGUUCCACAAGGCUAUCAAUGGCCCGCUCAAGCAGGUUCGCAACCUGGUUGGCGACGGUCUGUUUACGGCAUACGGCGAAGAGCCCAACUGGGCAUUAGCUCAUCGCUUGCUCAUGCCGGCGUUUGGGCCGACCUCUAUCCGAGGUAUGCUCGAGGACAUGAGGGAUAUCUGUGACCAGAUGGUAUUGCGAUGGGAAAGGUUUGGCUCCGAGAAUAUCAUUGACCCAACGGACGACUUCACUCGAGUCGCGUUGGACACCCUAGCUUAUUGCACUAUGUCCUACCGAAUGAACUCGUUCUACUUCGAACAACCACCUACGUUUGCGAGGGCCAUGGCCGAUGUUCUGAAAGAGUGUUUUAAUCGAUUUUCCCGCCCUACUAUCGUACAGUCUUUGCUCAAGGGCACGACUGCCAAGUACUUCGACGACAUCAAGGUGAUGACAGACAUCGCUAACCAAAUGAUCGUUGACCGGAAAGCUCACCCAACGGAGAAGAAAGAUCUCCUCAAUAUAAUGCUAAACUCCAGGGACCCUGCCUCAGGUGAAGGGCUAUCCGACGAAAGUAUAAGCCGCAAUCUCCUUACUUUCCUCAUUGCCGGCCACGAGACCUCUUCAGGGACUCUCGCAUUCGUCGUAUACUAUCUACUCAAGAAUCCCGAAGCCCUACGCAAACUACGAGCCGAAAUCGACGAAGUAGUCGGUGACGGACCGGUUCAGUACGAGCAUCUCAGCAAGUUGCCUUAUCUCGUUGCUGUUAUGCGUGAAACCUUACGGAUGGCUCCGACUGCCCCAAGUCGUACUGUCGCUCCUUACGAGGACACCGUCCUAGGAGGAAAAUACGCCAUCAAAGCUGAGCAGCUUGUAACUCUUCAGAUAAUCGCCAUACAUCGAGAUCCCCUGGUGUGGGGCGAGGAUGCUGCUGAAUGGAAACCUGAGCGCAUGUUGGACGGAAAAUUCGAAGCCCUCCCGCCCAACGCGUGGCAACCGUUCGGCUUUGGCCUUCGUGGAUGCAUUGGAAGGCCCUUCGCUUGGCAAGAAAUCCAACUCGUCCUUGUUUCUAUAUUCCAGCGCUUCGACAUUUUCAUGGCCGAUCCUUCGUAUACUCUGGAACUGAAGCAGGCGCUGACGAUUAAGCCAAAGGAUUUCUACAUCAAAGCUAUCCCUCGCAACAGGCCGCGACUCUACUCCACUCCGACCCCUUUGGCGGCGCCCCAGACCAACCAAACUACCAACCAAACUACAGAUAAAACCGUUGACAGUUCGAAGCGUCUAUACGUCUUGUACGGGUCCAAUACUGGAACCUCUGAAUCAUUCGCGCAGCGUGUUGUAGAUGACGCACCUAGUCAUGGUUACAAACCUUACAUUGGUUGUUUGGAUUCGGCUACGAAUAACAUACCCACAGACGGGCCCGUGCUCAUUAUAACCGCAUCCUUUGAGGGCCAACCCGCUGACAAUGCAAAACAAUUUGUCGAUUGGCUUAGUAACUUACAAGGCCAGGAACUUCAAGGAGCGAAGUUUGCAGUCUUCGGUUGUGGGAACCACGACUGGGUACAGACAUAUCAACGCAUCCCGGCUUUAUGCGAUGAUCUACUGGAGAAGCGUGGAGGAAAGAGACUCGUUCCUCGUGGUGCUGGUGAUGCAGGCCUAGCCGAAUUCUUCCAGGUGUUUGAUGAGUUCGAGGCAAACUUCUGGGAAGGCCUAGCUACCGAAUACGGUGCUCCGGAAGGCACCGUUGCCCAAUCAGAAUUCACGGUCAAAGUCUUGGAUUCGGUGAAGGAGCGUCCCACAAGGCUCCGUCAAGGAGAUGCUGCUCUCGGGCGAGUGAUUGAAAACCGCGUUCUCACCGGGGAGGGGGUACCAGUCAAACGGCACAUUGAAUUUGAACUACCGGAAGGCGUAACUUUCCGCGCUGGAGACUACCUGGCUAUACUCCCCCGCAACCCCACCGUCAUUGUGAAACGGGCUUUGAAGUACUUUGGAUUAACGGAAGAAGAACAGGUCAUAGUCUCUGCUGGCGGGCCCACCUCCCUUCCUACUGACAACCCCAUCCUUCUUUCGGAACUAUUCUCCGGGUACCUUGAAUUAGCGCAACCAGCUACUACACGGGAUAUCCAAAUCUUAUCUGCUGCUACUGAAGAUGCAGCUACGAAGGCGACAUUGAAGGAACUAUUGACAUCUUAUGCAGAAACUGUGUUGGGAGAACGCAUCAGCAUCCUCGAUCUCCUGGAAAUCAAUCCAAGUAUUAAGCUACCUCUGGGAAGUUUCAUCCACAUGCUCCCACCAAUGCGCAUGCGACAAUAUUCCAUUGCCUCCUCGCCACUUGUCAAUCCCCAACACGUCGCCCUCGCCAUUAGCGUUCUCGCAGCGCCCUCGCACUUCGAUAGGACACGAACAUUCUUCGGGGUGGCCUCUAACUAUCUCGCGAACCUCACUCCUGGCGAAAAGGUUCAUAUGAGCGUCCGUCCUUCUGCUGUAGCCUUCCAUCCCCCUGUCGACCCCUCGAUCCCUAUCAUCAUGUUCUGCGCGGGCUCCGGUCUUGCCCCGAUGAGAGGCUUCCUCCAGGAGCGUGCGGCACAGAAGGUAGCAUCACGCGAUGUCGGACCCGCACUAUUGUUCUUUGGUUGUCGCUCGGACGCUGACUACCUAUACUCGGACGGCGAUCUGGCUCUUUGGAUCAAGGAGGGCGUUGUAGAUGUUCGCCCAGCAUUCUCACGAGACUCUGAAAAAUCCGACGGCUGCAAGUAUGUGCAAGACCGCGUGUGGCACGAUCGAGAGGACAUUGUGAAGCUGUACCGUCAGGGUGCCAAGAUGUUCACUUGCGGCUCCGGUGCCAUGUCAAAAGGCGUCAAAAGCCGCUUGAUUGCUAUCAUUCAGGAAGUGGAUACUGGGUUGGACGAAGUGAAAGCAGCAGAGAAGUUCGCACAGAUUAUGGAAGGACGAUACGCUACAGAUAUCUUUGAUUAG